GCUUGAAUGUCGGAACAGUCACGGCCAACGCCGCCCUGGUGGUCGGGACUCAGUUCGUCACCUCACCGCCCCAGCGCUGGGGAGACCUGACAAACCUCCACGGCUUUGUGGCGGACACCAUUAAAAACACCGCGAUGCAGGUCGGACAAGAGCUUACACCUUUGGCACCGAAGUUUGUGCGAAGAACCGUCGUCCAGCUGAGCGGGGUCAUGCUGGAACAUGCGAAAAAGACCGCCGCUGAAGGACGCAAACUGGCCGGGGCCAUUGGGCUCGGCUCGGUUUGGGACCGGCUGAACAUGGACUGCCUGACCACCCUCCCCACUCCGUGCGAGAUUCUCAUUGGCCAUGAGUGUGAUUGUCCUGCUGGCAGUCAUGUCCACCUCGGCCCCGAUUGGGUGGACAUGAGGUGUAUACUUUCGAGAGGUUCCGAGUUUACGAGUGGCUUCGGGAUCCAGGCAUCGGUAAACAGUGAUGGAGAGACCGAGUCUGGAGUCCUGCCGGGGACUGAGACGGAACGGGCCACCAUCCAGAGCUUACAAGACAUGGCGAGUCAAAUCCAGACCUCCAUGAAUGGGAUCGGCGAGACUUGGCUUCUGCGCCUUUCAGAGUUUUCUUGGAGUUCUUUGCUAGCCUUGAGGUGCCUUGAGGGCUUUUUCAAGAGCAGUGCAGCUGAGGCGAUGCAAAAGAGUUCGCCUUCGGGGUCGUGCGAAGCGGGUCUUGACGUGGCCAUCAAUGGAAUGUCGAAGCUUACCGCAGACGUGAAAACGAAAGUGUGGUUGAACGGACACACCGAGUUCAAUGUCAGUGGCACACUGCUCGUAUCCUACGACACGAUGGUCUCCGGGGAGGGUAGCUGCAGCUACACGCUCACGAAGGGUUUGCCGAAGAAGCCAAUAACGAAGGUGAUCUGUGCCGGACCUUUCUGCAUCAUGAUCUCGCUGCAGAUGGUCGCGACUUUGGUUGGACAGGGCGUCCUCACCGGAACAAUCAACAUGCGAAGCGAUGCAGAAUUCCAAGUCCGGGCCCACGGAUGGGUCAAAGAAGAUGGUUCUUUCGAGGUUUGGCCUAUGCCUGGCAUUCCGCUCACUUUCCAUCCGACGCUCAACGCCGAAGCCAGAGCGCAGGCCCAUACCAUCGAAUACCCUCCAAGUAGCAUACAAAGCGAGGGAGGCCGCCGGCGCAGACAUGCGGUCGAUAUCUGUGGCGCAGCCGCCCUGAGCGUCUACUCCGAUUUUGGAAUCGAAGGCUUCGGGCUGCCAAGGGUGCUGAGGGAGCUGUUAGAGGGUGGCUUCAUCGAGGAGCUGCUCAAGGAAGCCAUGCGAAAGGGUGCGGAGGGAUGGCUACUCAUGAAUCACGGGGUGAAUUGCCUUGGUGACGUAGCGGCCGAGUUGGGGGCCGAGGUGGCAAACAUCUUCAUUCCAGACUUGUCCCUGCGGUUCAAUGUCCCUUCGUUUCAGCUGCUACCGCCUCAGAUGCUCUUCUGCAAGCGGGCGGUUGGUCAGGGACCACCAACGUCGGACGCCGUGGCUGUGCCACCGGAGCAAGUACCAACCCCGCCGAGAACGACUGAGACCGAGGCAUGCGACGAUCCUCUACAAGUGGGAGAUCGGUUUAUCCAGAUUGGCAAGUUUCGCAUUGCUGCCAUCAAUGACAAGUAUCUUUCAAUCUCGCAUGAGGACGCGGACUCUGCCAAGUAG